CCCACACCCCUCCCGCUCCUCUGGCGUGGGCGGUCCGACAAGGCGCAUGCGCCACAGGAAGCACCUCUCGUUAGCCAAGGCAGGGAAGCUACGGGCGGCUUACACAGCGAGCAAGGCGAGCAAGCGCGAGGCACGGCUGAGGGCCAUCGCACUCGCCUCGGUGCACAGGCCAGAUCGGGCGACGCUUGUCGCUGCGGGCCUGCUCCCAGUCCUUGCCCAUGCGCUGGCCUCGGCCCAUGCCCAUCCGGAUCCCCAGCUGGGAACCCUCCUCGACACGCUCCUGCUCUACACUGCAGAGUCCGAGUCGGCGAGCGAGCUGGCCGCUGCUCUCGACGUCGCCCCGCACCUGCUCCGCCUUGUCCGCGAAGCCAUGCCUGAUGUUGCGGCGGCAUCGCUCCCGCACGCCGAUCUUGCUUCGCGCUUCAUCGCCCUCCUCCGCGCCCUCCUCGCUGCCGCGCCGCCGAUCCACGAGGCGCUCUUCCGCGCCAAGGCCAUCGCCGUUGUCCUCGGCCUCCUUCCGGACGCUCUCGCUGCCGUCCCGGACCACCGCCUUGUCAGCUACGCCUUUGCGCUCCUCGCCGAUCUCUCGGCCUUUAACUCGAUUGCCGCCGCCUGGGCCUCGGACAAAGCCCUUGUCCCGCCGCUCCUCGAUCUGGUCAACUCCCUUUGCCUCGACCCGGCCUCCCGUCAGAUGGCUGCCUACGCCGUCCUCAAUCUCGCCCGCUGCCGCCAGGCCCACGCCUCGCUGGUGGCAUGUGGCCUUGUUCCGGCCCUAGUGGCCGCUCUCACCUCGGCCGAGCUCCGCGUUGCGCUCACCGACGACGCGCUCGUCUCGAUUGCACUCGCCCUUGGCGCCCUCGCCGACUCGCCUCAGGGCAUAGCCGGCGUCUCGGGCUCGGCCGCCAUUCCGACGCUGUGGGCCGUUCUCGGCGGCCUCGACGCCAAGCCUGACGUGGCCGUCCACGUCAUGCGCGCGCUCUCGGCUGUCUCAGCCGUCGAUGCCGCCUCCGACUUUGAUCCAGCCUCGCUGCUGCCGACCCUGCUCCGCCAUCUUGUCGUUGGUGGGCCGCCGACAGUCCUCGCCGAGGUCACCUCCAUCCUCGCCUUUUCCGGCUACCCGGCGUCGGUCGCUGAGCAGGUGGCAACCUUUGCCCUCGCCCAGUUGGCCUGCCGCAACACUCCGCGCCCGCUCGCCGACUCGUGCUUUCGCCUCCUCUACCGUUCCUCAGUCCUCCUCCCGGAGCUUGUCCUCCCGCUCGUCAUCCCUGGCCUUCUCGCCAACCUUGCCGCCAUGGUCUCUGGCUCGUACGUCCUGCACCAGGCGAGCAAAGCCCUGCUACAGCUUGUUCGCGGCCGACUCGCCGGGCCGCGCAAGGACGAGCUCCCGCCGGCUGCCGUCGACGAGCUUCUGGACGUGCUCUUCGACUCGGAGCCGAGCCUUGUCUCGCUCUUCCCAGCCUACUUUGCCACGCUCCUUCCAUCUGCUGCACUGCAAGCGCCGCAGACGCCGAGCCAUGCAACAGGCACGCCGUUCCUCGCCCUCCCAGGUGCGCCGUCUCGUCUUCUCCCAUCAUCGGCCGGUUUGGACGGCGACGACUCUGACGCGUACUCGUACUCGUCGAUGACUGACGACGACGCGUCCUCCGUCUACUCGUACGACAUGGACGCGCUCGACAACCGGAUCCGGAUCAAGCGGAAGCCGCGGAAGCGAUUCAAGCGCCGCCGCGCCACCGUCGACACCGUCGCCGACCGGCUCCGCCGCGAGCAGAAGCGCCAGAGCCGGUUGCGCCGCACGAGGAACGCCUCGCGCGCCCGCCAGCUCGACCGCCGCACCGUAUUUGGCCUCGGCGCCGCGUCGACGGCUCUUUUCGACCCGACCGACGACAAGCUUGUUGACCUCUCGGCCCACCGCCAGGAGCUCCUCGCCGAGCCGCCGACUCCGGUUGGCACCGCCCCGAUCAAGGACUUUGUCAUCACCCUUGCUCUUGCUGAUCUCGACCUCCACGUUUGUCUCGUCGACCUCCUGGUCAUCCUCGCCUCUCACCCGCGGGCCGUGCUCCGGCUCGAGACCUCGGACGUUGUCGUCGUUAUCCUCCACACCUGGAGCUCGGUCGCCAAUCUGCUUGCCUCGGUCCGGCCGCGGUCGGACGACGCCACCGUUCUCCGUAAGCUGCUCAAGGCGCUCAUCGCCCUCGUUGACGCCAUGCUCCGUGCUAGGCCCAAGUACAUGGCGCACGUCCUGUUUUUUGCGAUCGACGAGUCCGCACCCGGCCCGGCCAAGGCCUUUUCCGGCUAUGCGCCCGUCGCCCUGCCCCGGCUCGCUGCCGCCGUUCUCCGCAUCUGCAUGAUGGAGCCGGAGACGGAGCUGCUGGACGUCCUCACCUCGCUCCUCACCUUUAUGGCCACCCACACUGCUGUCCUCCCGCUCUUGCUCAGCCUAGGCGAUGGUGGCUCGAUUACCGCCGGCUUUAUCUUUCACGUUGUCGAGCGAGUCUUGGGCCGCUGCCUCGAGCACUCGCUCGCCCACACCGCCAUGGACGACUACAGAUUUGCGCUCGGCGUCGCCGCCCGCCUCGCCGCCCUCGCCUACGAGCUGCUGCUGGCGGUCUCUGUCACCGCGCCGUUCUUUCGCGACCCAGAAAACCGCGUCGUUGUCGGCGUCGUCCAACUCCUUGCCGCCAAGCUUGCCGCGGUCGAACCGUUUGAGCUUGCUGAUACCCCGCUGCUUCUUGCCCUUCUCGGCCCGGUCUGGCUUCUCUCUAGGCUAUCACGCUACGCGUCGGCAACACUGCAUGCCCCACAUGCCGACGGCUUGGCAGCCUGGAUCCGGCUCCUCCGCGCCGCGGCUCGCAAGGGCUCCAAGCUUGCUCCGCUCCCGCUGCAUCUCAUUCUCGGCAUCCUCGCCAACUUGGCCGCCGUGCCAUCCAUUGCCCGCGCCAUGCUUGACUCGCCCAUCUUUGCUGACGCACUCACUACUGUUGCCCGCUCGCGGCCUACCUCUCAGGUGGUGUUUCUUACCACCGCCAUCGUCCGCCGCCUCGCUCCGACGCCAGAGACCCUGCCUGCUGCCCUCUCCUGGCUCACCGAGCGUAUGGCCACCGUCCGCGACGACGACGACCCCGAAACCAGCGAGCUCGGCACUGUCGCCGCCGAGCAGGUCCGCGUCCUCUUGAGGACAUCUGCCCGCGUCGACGCCGCCGAGCUCUCCGCCCGUCGCAAAACCGUUCUCGACGGCCGCUUCGUCUAUCCGGCCGGCCUCAUGUCGAGCGUCACCUACAAGGCCAUGCACGACCCCGACUGGGCCGAUGCCAAGCUUCCGCCCGAUUCGAACGUCGUCGCCUUCGUCGAUGCCGCCUUUAAGGCCUCUCUCCGCCGCAAUCACAAGCCGAAACAGCCGUAG